UUAGUUUUGUUCAUUAUUCUUACUUUUCAACUAGUUUUUCAUUUACUCGUUUGGGAUUUUUGAGGUAGCCAGCCAGGUAGGUAUGGAAAGGCUUUGAAAGAGACUUUUAGAAAUUAGAUUUCUCUUUUCUUCUUCACCUUAUUAAUGAUUAUUUAUGCAAUUGGGGUCAAGUUGUAUUUGUGGAUUCUGCUUUCUAUAUUUUUAUUUAUAUUAUGGCGAUUGAGUAGUGGUCGGGUAGUACUUCCUUUUCUUUUUUACAUCACUUUUUCUGAUCCGGUGCUUUUACAGCAGGGAGAAGAGGUUCACUUUCUGUUUUUUAAUCAUAGAACUGAGGAAUUGUUGUUUAUUUGGGUUGUAAACUGUGUGUUGCAUUUAGUUAUUUCUGUUUCUUUGUUGGUUGGUGUGAUACUUAGGAGCUGUGGUUGUAGAUUGGAAAUCAAGAACAGAUUUUGCUGCAGAUAUCUCUGUCAAUUUGAGUUUUUGGUAGAUGGCCUUUCAAAUGACUUGAUAGACUCUUGUUGAUGUUAAAGAGUUCAUCUUGACAUUUGUUUCUUGUAUUUUCUUGCCAUUUAGUCGAAUUCUUGAAAGGGGGAGUUGUCGUUUUGCCACAGGGGCGAUGAAUUCUCAUAUCUUGUUGCCAUGUAUGUGUGUUUUCUUGUUUGCCGUGUUUGAUUUUAGCAUGUUUUAAGUGGUUGUGGUUUGUAACUGGCAGAUCUCACGUCCGGUUUAUGAUGCAGCCUCGAGUUAAUUGAAUUGUUUGAUGAGCCCCUUCAUGGAGAUGGAGUGGAAUGCGAAGUGGGAUUGGGAAAACUUAGUUGCGUUUGGUUCAAAGGGUAUUGAGAGUCCGAAGAAUCUGCAGUUAGCGGAUUGGACAAUUGUCGAUGAUGGAGAGAUCCAUGGUGGAUCCUUCAAUCUGUCUGCUGCUGCUUGUAAUGGUAACAGUGGUGGUGGCUCUGAUGGUAGUAGGCAUGGUUCUUCAGCCAAGAGCUCGAUAUCAGCUUCUACGGACUCAUCCUGCAAGGAUAGGAUGCAGAAUUCCAUCUUAACAUUCACUACAUCCGAGGGCUCUUCUGGGAACCUCAGCAAGAAGAUUGAGAUGAAAGGAAUUGAGCUUUCUGGAACUUCCUCAACUCCAGACGCAGAAGCAUUGCUCGGAUUGAAGCUGGGAAAGCGGACAUAUUUUGAGAACACCGGAGGUGGAGGCACUGCUAAGAGCACGUCCUUUUCUGCCAUGCCUGCUCCAGCCACCGCCACUGCCACUGCCACUACACCAAAGAAAACUAAAUCAUCUGCUCAGAAUGGUCCUAUAUAUUGUCAAGUUGAGGGCUGUAACACUGAUCUUUCACUGGCGAAAGAAUAUCACCGGAAGCAUAGAGUUUGUGACAGCCAUUCAAAGUGCCCGAAGGUUAAGGUUGGAGGCUGUGAACGCCGGUUUUGCCAGCAGUGCAGCAGGUUUCAUAGCUUGUCAGAGUUUGAUGAAAAGAAGCGCAGUUGUCGGAGAAGGCUUUCUGAUCAUAAUGCAAGGCGUCGUAAGCCACAACAGGAAACCAUCCAGUUCAAUUUGCCUAGGCUGUCAACCCCAUUCUAUGGAGGGACCACCCAACAGAUGAGUUUCAUGUUGAACAAUUCCCCACUUGCUCACUCGAGGACCACUGCAAAUUCUAGUUGGAACAACUCCAAAUUUGCACUAGCGAAAGGGUGUUCGUUGAAGUCUGAAGGAGAUGAAGGUAUUGAUGAACAGUUGCACAUGCCAGGAAUCAGGUUGCCGCAAACCAUCAAUAUGCAAAGUGCAGCGGAUGGUCUCUCAGCAGCAAAUCAUACACAGCCAGUGGUUUUGAAUCCAGGUGGCAAGGGAUCAUUGAUCUCUAACCUAGAUGCAGCACCAGAAUAUCGUCGUGCUCUCUCUCUUCUGUCAAGCAAUUCCUGGGAUUCGUGCAAUCAAGAAUCGGUUCAGUUACACCAUCAACUACAUGAGAACAGUUCCAACAUCAUCCAACCUAUGUAUCAUGCAAUCCCUGAAGGUGUGCCCUUCUCUUCCUCAGACUUCUGGCCGACUGGGCAACAUCCAACUCACCACUACAUUCAAUCUUUGGGUACAAAGACACCCUAUGAUAAUGACUACUAUUCCAACAUAUUGAACUGACCAAUGUCGACAAGUCUGUUCUUCAUCUUCGCGGUCCUAGUCUAGGUGGUCCUUGAAUAAGGUUAGUCACUCGUUCUCACCUCACUCGAGAAAAGGUUUUUAAUUAUGACGUCGCCUUUUUUUGUUGGUUCCUGCCUUGUUCGCGACGUCUUUCUGUCUCAUAUGGUAUGCCAUCUAACUAGUUGCUUCAUUUUGGGAAAACGAUUGUUCAUUCAGUUCGAAGGAUAAUAUAUUAUGGUACUGUACUGUUAUCAGAUUUUGCAAGUGUUUCAACAAUGCUCCUUCACUUGUAACUUGGAAUAUUUUGAAGUAUCAACUAUUUCAAUAAGCAUUGAACUUCAUGUCGUUCGUCAUCA